AUGGCGGGAGAGGAUUGGAGGACUGGCGGCAGGACGGGGAGCUUCAAGUCUGGUUUUGCGCGGGAAUUGGAACGGCCGCCGCCGCUGCCGACAGGAGCCUGCGAGCUGCAGGUUUCCAGCCUUGGAGGGGACCAUGGUGCGGCCUGCGAGGCACAAGAAGCCAGUCAAUUACUCCCAGUUUGAGGACUCUGAUAGUGAUGAUGAUUUUGUUCCUGCAACUGCACCGUUAAAUAAAAAAUCCAGAACUACACAAAGGGAGUUAAAACUAGAAAAACCAGAACCUAAACUGAAGAAUCUCCAGGAAAAAGACAUCCCACUACAAGAGAAAACCCCUAAAAAAAGAAUGCCUUUAGAUGAUAAGCUCUACCAGAGAGACCUAGAAGUCGCACUGGCUUUAUCAGUGAAGGAACUUCCAGCCGUCACCAUUGAUGUGGAGGAGUCUCAAGAUAAAACCAUUGACAAACAUGGCAAUAGUGAAACAGAAGCAGUGAGUAAACCUCCUCAUAUCUCCAACUGCAGUGUAGCCAGUGAUUACUUAGAUCUGGAUAAGAUCACGGAGGAGGAUGAUUCCCAGGGUUCUCAGCGGAGAAGAAAAGCAGCUUCCCAAGCCGUGGUCCAGCAGAGGAAGAUUCUUUUGGAAAACAGUGACGGCGACGGUGCCGAUGACUCCGAACCAGACUUUGCAACUGGUGAGGAUUCUGAGGACGAUUCUGAUUUUAGUGAGAGUGAAGAUGACGAAAGUUUCACUGUGAGAAAAAGUAAAGUUAAAGAAAUUAAAAAGAAAGAAGUGAAAGGGAAAUCUCCAGUUGAAAAGAAAGAGAAGAAAGCCAAAUCCAAACGGGAUGAUGUGGUGACUUCAGUAGAUUCUGCUCCUGCUGCUGUCAAGUUAGAAUCUUGGCCCUCACCGAAAAAGGUUUCUCCUUCUUCAGAGGCAACAAGGAAGCCGUUACAAAUACGAAGUCCUCCAGCUGAAAGCAAGAGACCUAAGUGGGUCCCACCAGGUUGCCACCUAGCCUCCUGUCUUAUACGAAUGUGAGAAGACCAGCAAGAUUCCAAUGGGAAAAUGAGCCAAGGACAUAACAUACCACUGCCCCCAAGAAGUACAACUAGAAACCAAUAUGAAAAGAAUUGCAGCCUCACUGGUAAUCAAGGAAAUGUAAAUUAAAAUAAUAAAACACUGUUUUAUACCUCUCAAACUAGAAAAUAAUAAAGCUGUAUCAACCAAUGCACUCUGGGUUGUGGGGUAGCAGGUAUAAUUAUUUAUUAUAAAUUUAUAAUCCCUUUACAGGACAGCUUGACAGGAGCCAUAAAAAUAAAUCGAUCUUUUGACUUAGGAACUAAUCUUGGGAAUUUAUCCUUAAAAAGAAUUCAAAAGAAGGAAAAGUAGUAAGUGGUCAGUAGUAAGUGAUUUCUUUAUAGCCAUUUAUAGAAAAGUGGUGAAAAAUUGGAAACAACCCAGAAGUUUGUUGUAGGAAUUUGAUCAAUAUGUGGCACGUAUGUGCAACUAAGUAUGAUAAUUCAGAUGGCUGGAAACAUGGAAAUGUUCAUAAAACCUUUGUAUGAAAAAAGUACACACACUUGUACUUAUUACGGCUAAAAUCAUGAUCAGCUACGAACAUACAUGUGGAUAAAUUCUGAAAUUUAAUACUCGUUGGAAAUGAUUCCUCUAUUAGAGUGGUAGCAUAAAUGAAACUAGUAUAAAUAAAGAAAAAUGGUAUUUGUCAUAUUUAAACUUAUGUGAUAUUUGAAAAAAUAGAUUCUAUAAGGAGUACUUGUAAAAGUUGUAGAAUUUUGUAAAAAUGCGUUAGAUUUUGCUACUACUUUAGAAAUUAUAAUUCCAUUCAUUUUUUUAUGUCUUUACAAUCAGUGUUCUUUGCUCCUAACUUUCCUAUUUAGCUCUCACAUUUAAAGUUUCGGUGUCAUUACCUUGGCCUCUGAGGAUGUUUGAAAAUAUGCAAUGCUAUAUAUUUUCUGCUCUUUAGUACUUCCCAUUCUUUUGAUCUAAUAUGUAACUUGAUAGAACCUGCAUAGCAGAAAAAAUGCUUAACUCCUUUUUUUGGCCUCUUCUGUUUUAUAAACUGACCUUUGGUACGAGAUUUCUGACGUUCUCAGCAUCAGGUGAUCUGUCUUCUUGCAGCGGUGUCUGGAAGCAGCAGCCGUAGCCCACUGGCAAGAGUGUCUGUGAAGUCUCCAACUCAGAGUCUCCGCCUUGGCUUGUCCCGAUUAGCAC